UGUCGCGGCCACACCUUGGUCACACUAAUUGAAACUGCGCGAAUGAACAACAUGAAUAGCGAUCUCCGAACGAAGAUUGAAGCCUGCGCCCGCACGGCGGAGGACUUUACGCGGCUAUACUACGCCUCCUUGGACAACCGCCGGCACCAAAUGGGUCGUCUCUACAUUAACAACGCCAUCUUCAGCUGGAACGGCAACGGGGCCACCGGGCGUGAGAUGAUCGAACGCUACUUCGUUGAACUGCCGUCAUCCACACACCAAAUGACGAAUCUGGACGCUCAACCCAUUAUGGAUGAAUGUGUGGGCACGCAGCUGACCUAUGUGAUCCUGGCCAGCGGUACCGUAAAGUACGGCGACCAGCCAAUGCGCAACUAUCAGCAGUCGUUCAUCGUAACAGCCGACGCUGACAAGUGGAAGAUCGUCUCUGAUUGUUACCGCCUGCAGGAUGUGAUGGUCUAGUUGCCAAAUAUUGUGGACCACUGUUGGAGUCAAAAAGGCUGUUGUACUACCGAAUAUAUUUAAUUACAUGGCUAAGUAACCUAAGUAA